AUGGCAAUGCUCACUGAUCGUGAUCGACGUAAGCAAAUUAGCGUACGUGGAAUUGCUCAAGUGGAAAAUGUUACAAAUAUAAAAAAUUCCUUUAAUCGUCAUCUUCAUUUCUCUAUCAUUAAGGAUCGAAAUGUUGCGACACCACGGGAUUAUUAUUUUGCUUUAGCAAAUACUGUCAGAGAUCAUUUAGUGAGCCGUUGGAUUCGUACACAGCAAUAUUAUUAUGAUAAAGAUCCUAAACGUGUUUACUACUUAUCACUUGAAUUCUACAUGGGUCGAACGUUAUCAAACACAAUGAUGAAUAUCGGUAUACAAGCAGCCAUCGACGAAGCAUUAUACCAGCUCGGUCUUGAUGUGGAAGAAUUGCAAGAAAUCGAAGAGGAUGCUGGCCUUGGAAAUGGUGGUCUUGGUCGUUUGGCAGCAUGUUUUCUUGAUUCAAUGGCUACAUUGGGUAUUGCUGCUUAUGGAUAUGGUUUACGCUAUGAAUAUGGUAUUUUCAAGCAACUCAUUCGAGACGGUUGGCAAGUUGAAGAACCAGAUGAUUGGUUGCGAUUUGGUAAUCCGUGGGAGAAAUCUCGUCCCGAAUACAUGCUACCGAUCAAUUUUUAUGGCAAAGUUGAAAAAGAUGCAAAUGGCAAAAGCAAAUGGGUUAAUACACAGUUGAUGUUUGCAAUGCCAUAUGAUACACCUGUUCCUGGUUUCCGGAAUAAUGUUGUAAACACGUUACGUUUGUGGUCAGCGAAAGCUGAAAAUAAAUUCCACUUGAAAUUUUUCAAUGACGGUGAUUAUGUGCAAGCAGUAAUGGAUCGUAACAUCUCCGAAAAUAUUACCCGUGUUUUGUAUCCCAAUGACAAUGUCUUUAUUGGGAAAGAACUUCGUCUAAAGCAACAAUAUUUCCUAGUAGCAGCCACACUGCAAGAUAUCAUCAGGCGUUUCAAAUCAAGCAAAUAUGGCUGCCGGGAUACUGUUCGAUCGAGUUUGGACAAUUUUCCUGAUAAGGUUGCAAUUCAACUAAACGACACUCAUCCAUCAAUUGGUAUUCCGGAACUCAUACGUUUGUUUGUCGACAUCGAAGGAUUACCAUUCGAUAAAGCUUUCGAUAUUUGCGUGAAGACAUUUGCAUAUACAAACCAUACGCUUUUGCCAGAAGCUCUUGAACGAUGGCCAGUAUCAUUGCUCGGGAAUUUAUUGCCGCGACAUCUGGAAAUCAUAUAUCAAAUUAAUCAAGUUUUCAUGGAUGCAAUAUCUGCACGAUAUCCAGGAGAUUUCGAUCGUAUGCGUCGCAUGUCGAUUGUAGAAGAAGAGGAUGGAUUUGGUGAAAAGCGAAUCAAUAUGGCACAUUUGUGUAUCGUCGGCUCGCAUGCUGUUAACGGUGUUGCUGCUUUACAUUCAGAUCUGUUGAAAAAAACCGUAUUCAAAGAUUUUCAUGAAUUUUUCCCAGAUCGAUUCCAAAAUAAAACCAAUGGUAUAACACCGCGGCGUUGGCUUUUAUUAUCGAAUCCAUCUCUUGCUGAUGUUAUUUGUGAAAAAAUCGGGGAAGAUUGGAUUACGGAUCUUGACAAAUUACAAGAAUUGAAAAAAUUUGCUAACGAUUUAGGCUUUUUGGAUGCAAUUCGUCGGGUAAAACAGGAAAAUAAAAUGCGUGUAGCGCAAUAUCUCGAAGACGAAUAUGAUGUCAAAAUCAAUCCAUCUAGUAUUUUUGAUAUUCACGUUAAACGAAUUCAUGAAUAUAAACGUCAGCUUUUGAAUGUAUUGCAUGUUAUUACACUUUAUAAUCGUAUUAAAACCAAUCCAAAUGCAAAUAUUAUUCCACGUACUGUAAUCUUUGGAGGAAAGGCAGCUCCAGGAUAUCAUAUGGCGAAACAGGUUAUAAAAAUGAUUGGCUGUGUUGCAGAUAUAAUAAACCAUGAUCCAAUUGUUGGGAAUAAACUGAAGGUAAUAUUUCUGGAAAAUUAUCGUGUGUCUCUGGCGGAAAAAAUUAUUCCGGCUGCAGAUCUUAGUGAACAGAUUUCAACUGCUGGUACGGAAGCUAGCGGAACGGGUAAUAUGAAAUUCAUGUUGAAUGGUGCGCUAACCAUUGGUACGCUUGAUGGAGCUAAUGUAGAAAUGAUGGAAGAAAUGGGUCGUGAGAAUAUUUUCAUUUUUGGUAUGGAAGUUGAAGAUGUCACCGCACUUAGUAGAAGAGGUUACAAUCCAGAAGAUUUUAUUAAGAAAAGUCCAGAACUUGCAAAAAUCAUCGAACAGAUUGAGACCGGUUUCUUCACUCCUGAUCAGCCUGAUUUAUUACAAGAUGUUGCGAUGGCACUGAAGAAGUGGGAUCGUUUUAUGGUGUGCGCUGAUUAUGACGCAUUCAUCAAGUGUCAGCUGGAAGUAGAACAAACUUAUCAGGAUGUGGACAAGUGGACACGCAUGGCCUUAAUGAACAUUGCAAGUAGCGGUAAAUUUAGUACGGAUCGUACAAUUGCAGAAUAUGCACGGGAAAUUUGGGAUGUGGUACCAGGUGAACUUAAAUUGCCGGCUCCAUUCGAGAGUUCCGAACAUCAGCAGCAACAAAAUAGCAAAUAA